AUGCUCGCUAAAGUUGCCUUUGCUCUUCUUUCUGUUGCAUCAUCGGUGCUGGCACACGGUAAUCUGCAGGAAAUUGUUGUCGAGAACCCUCCAGCUACCUACAUUCCGUGGUUGCCCUUCCAAGACCCUUACAAGACGCCAUCGCCCGAUCGCGUCGGGCGCAAGAUUCCGGACAAUGGCCCAGUCGAAGAUGUUACUUCUAUCGACAUUCAAUGUAACAAAGGAGCCGUUCCUGCUGCCUUAAUUGCCACAGCUGCCGCAGGUUCCAAUGUUGCACUUAACUGGACCGACUGGCCCACCUCCCACAUUGGCCCUGUGAUCACCUACCUUGCAAAGGCUCCAUCUGACAUCACGAAGUGGAGCCCUGGUACCGACAAAGUGUGGUUCAAAAUUGACGAGGCUGGUCUUGAUAACGGAAAAUGGGCUGGCACCGAUGUUCUCUUGUCCCAGAAUGGUCUCUGGACUGUUAAAAUCCCUCAGAACUUACAGCCCGGCCAAUAUCUUAUGCGUCACGAGAUCAUUGCUCUUCACGGUGCUCAGAACUACCCUGGUGCUCAAUUCUACCCCAGCUGCAUUCAGUUCGAGAUCACUGGUUCUGGUACCGCCAUUCCCAACGAUUCUGACUUGGUCUCUUUCCCUGGUGCAUACUCCCCCACGGAUCCUGGGGUCAAAUACAACCCAUACGCUGGUGCGACCACCUACCCUAUCCCUGGUCCCCCUGUCUGGAACGGAGCUGGCUCAGGUACCGGAAAUGGUGGAUCUGGUUCUCCCGCCUCUUCUGUCGCUGCUCCUUCGUCGACUGCUGCCGCUUCUUCCACUCAAGCAGCUUCAUCCGUCGUUGUUUCAUCCACCGCAGUAGUUUCUAGCACUGAAGCCGCUCCUUCGACUAGUGCUGCUGCUACGGAGACUGCCAGUGCUCCUGUUGAGACCGAGCCUUCUACCAGUGCCCCAGCUGUUACAUCGACUGAUGCCGCUCCCUCUGCAAGCUCAUCCACUGUAGCCCCUGUUUCCUCUCAAGCUCCUGCUCCAUCCAGUGCCGCAGCUCCCAGCACCACUGCAGCCCCAUCGACUCCUACUGGGGGGGCUGGUGCUCUCGCCGCUCUCUACGCGCAGUGUGGAGGUAACAAUUACAACGGCCCCAAGGGCUGCGUUUCUCCUUAUGUUUGCAAGGAGUGGAACGCUUACUAUUCCCAGUGUGUCCAGGCCUAG